AUGGAUGGAAAAGUGGUGUCAUGGGCGUGCAAGAAGCAGACUGGCGUCGCCCUGAGCACCAUGGAAGCUGAGUUCAUCGCGUCUUCACAGGCAGGGCAUGAUUUUUUAGGGCUGAAAGAACUAUUCGGCGAGCUGGAAAUGAAGGUCGUUGAGCCCAUUCCGAUGGGGUGGACAAUCAAGCCGCCAUCAAGCAACUAG